AUGCCAUGUUGUGAUUCUCAAUAUCCCUGCUUGAACGGUGGUACGUGUGUGAACGAUUCAUCAGGACACUAUACAUGUACAUGUCCCAAUAAUUGCGGUGGCAUGGAAUGUGAAGCGGAUGCUUGUGUUUACUGUGACACAUCUGCCAGUGCUAUGUGCGAUUCUUCUGCGUCCGUCCAAUGUGCCGUGACAACGACCACAUUUACUAGUCUGUUCCUACAUCAACAACAACAUCUACCACUACUACAACUGGGACGACUAGCACCACUAGUACGACCAGCACUACGAGUACGACAAGCACUACGAGCACUACUAGCACUACGAGCACAACGCGCACAACCGCGACGCCGGCAACGACGGCCACUACAACAAGCGGUGUGUAAAACUUUUGGAAUUGUUUUCUCUUUUUGUGACUUUUAGAGGCUCCUAGUCAGUGUGACACAAGAAAAGAGUCGAGUGAGGAAUCAUGGAGAGUGGGGGUGAGGUGAGGUGAUAUUUGAUGCAGACCUGUCAGUUCGUUGUCGCUUUCCAUCUGAAAUAUUCCCGAUCGAGAAAUAUGCUAUCUUCGCAACUAUGUCUGAAUUCGUAGGCUACUUUCUAGACAGACGUCUGAGGAAUAGUGGAUGCUGUAUUUAGGUCUACAAUUAAUAAAAUAUAUGCGGAAAUUUAGAGAUGUUUUAUGACGUUUUUUUCUUUUCCGAAAAGGAAAUAUUUUCCGAUGAGAAAAGACCAUAUCUUUGCCGUUCGAGAAAAUACAUCAACGCAUCAAUUGACUUAGUGACGUGUAGUCAUAUUUUUAGAUGAUAUUAAAUUCUUAGCGUGUUUUAAGUACCACACAAGUUUUCAUCGAAAAUAAUUCCAACGUCCUACAUGUAGAUGGCUUUGUCAGAUUGCAUUCUAGAAACCAUUGGCGGGUCGUCAGUAGGGCAACCGGGAAUCUCCCAGGCGAAAAAAAUCGUUAGAGAACGCGCUCAACAAAAACCCCAGGAAACGGUUACUUUAACGAUCAUUGGCAAACGCGUUAUUCUAAAGUUUUGAAUGGUCAAAAACGCGUGUAAACGGCUCUUUUAACGAUCGUUCGCUAGUUGCGAAAAAUGCCUUUUCAAACGAAUAGAUAAAAGAAAACGCGUUCUUAUGACAAAAAAAGCGUUUAACGCGUUUUGUAGUCGUUAAAAACGGAACAAAAACGCGGUUUUUUGUCAACCUUUUUACCUCUGGGCACUCACCGUCUUGUUUGGCAGUCACUCGAGUAUAUAAGCAC